GGACAAAAUGAGCUUGAUUCAAGUUACUCCAUGAUGGGUCAGGCACUCACAAACAGCGAACGGCCGUCUGUCUGGGGGGGACACCGUACACACAUGUCGGCCACUGAGAAGCCUCUGUCGACAUUCCGCAUUCGUCACGGCCUCUUCUUGCGCAUCUUCUCCAGCCUCUCCUCCUCCUGCACACAUCACACAGGCCACAGGAUCGUACACGAGGCACGCAGGCGCAUGCCACCCAUUCGCAGACCACCCACCAUGAUCUUCUUGAGCUCCUCUGCGUCUUCCUUCUGGGCGAUCUUGGCACUGCACACAACACACACACACACACACACACGAGGAUGUCUGGAUGUUUGUGUGGACGUCUGGAGUGUGAUGUGAUCUGGUGCGGUGUUAGUUAAGAGUGCGCACCUGCGUUUGUUUUCCGCCUCUUCCCGGCCGAAGUUGGACACCUGAAUGUCACCGUCACGGCCUGCAGAGGCGUGAACCCAUGACGACAGUCAGUCAAGGAUGCUGGGGUGCUUUCCUCGGUUCGUUCGGUGCAGAUGCAUGUACCUUCGAAUCUCCUCGGGUCGUAUCCCGUCAGACUCCGCAGCUGCUUCUUCCAAUCAGCUGCAAAAGCACACAGACACACACAGACAUCCGUGCCUCUCAUACCGCCCGCCCACCCAGCCACUCACUCACCAUCCUCCUCGUGUCCGUCGACGAUGAAGUCUGCCAGAUCGUCAUCGUCGUCAUACUCGUCCUCGUACCCGUACCCGCCCCUCCGCGACCCCUCACGGCCAUCACGCCCACAUCUGGAGUCGCGAUGAGGAGCAGCAGCAGGAGGGGGAGCACGUUGGCGAUCGCGCCCCAUCGGCCCACCACCAGCAGCACGACCUCCAUGAGCCGGCCCUGACGCCCGGUAGCGGUCGUCUCGCCUGGACUGUGCCGGGGCGUCCCUGGCGCUUGGCUGUGUAGAGGGCCGGCCAUGAGCCGGCGCGUUCUUGGAGACGGCCAACGGAGCAUCUUCUCGAGAGCGUUUGCCGAGCAUUGACGGCGGCCGAGAGGGGUGGGGGUCAGAGGGGCGACUGGCGGCAGAUGGUGCGGGGGCGGUCCUCCUGUGGCCGGUGUCAUUCUGGCGUGGGGCCUUUGGUGCAGAUGGGGGAGCCGGCAGGGGGGUGGCCAGGACCUUCUUGCGCUCUGCACGAAGCUGCUGAAGCUGUCCAACACACAUCCAACACACACGCACACAGAGAGAGAGAUGAGAAGCCGUGUGUCAGGCAUCGACCAGUGUGUUUGUGUCGGGUGGUGAUUGACUGACCUUUGCGCGCUUCUGUGUGUCGUUAGGUUCGUUGAGUAGGUCUUUGGUGAUGAGAUCCAUCUCCUUGUCGAUCUUGGCCACCUGUCCAUCGAUGCUCUUCUGGUGCUCCUUCUGACGCCUCUUCAGCUCCGCUGCCGGGUCCUGACCCACACACAGGCCACAGACACACGCAGAGACCGACGUCAGUCUAACUGCAUGUUUAUGAUGCCGUGCCUGUGCCCGUGCAUCAGCUCACCUCAGCCGUCUGACCCUUGUCCUUCUUCGACUUGCCACGCUUGCCGUCGCCAUCUUCUGCAGCAUACAGCAACGCGACACACACAUAGCAGGAACCCUUUCCAUCCAUCCAUCCGUCCACCCCCCCUCUCUCUCCCUCACCUGUGUCGUCUGGUUUGGCCCUCCGUAGGACGGGUAUGAUUUUGAAGGACUGAAGUUUCUGCUUGGGUUGCUCUGGCUCGAAGGACGGGAGGUUGACAGGGCCGCUCGAUGGGGCCACCUUGGCCUUGCCAAGACCAGCAAGCACCGCCAGCGACAU